AUGUCUGGUAACUGGAACAGAAUUUCAGGUAACUGGUGCAGAAUGUCUGGUGCAGAAUGUCAGGUAACUGGUGCAGAAUGUCAGGUAACUGGUGCAGAAUGUCAGGUAACUGGUGCAGAAUGUCAGGUAACUGGUGCAGAAUGUCAGGUAACUGGUGCAGAAUGUCAGGUAACUGGUGCAGAAUGUCAGGUGCAGAAUGUCAGAAUGUCAGGUAACUGGUGCAGAAUGUCAGGUAACUGGUGCAGAAUGUCUGGUGCAGAAUGUCAGGUAACUGGUGCAGAAUGUCAGGUAACUGGUGCAGAAUGUCAGGUAACUGGUUCAGGAUGUCAGGUAACUGGUGCAGAAUGUCAGGUAACUGGUGCAGAAUGUCAGGUAACUGGUGCAGAAUGUCUGGUGUAG